AUGGGUCGCUACCUAGCUACCGGCACCCCUUCAACCAUAGGAGAUGACCAAACUCCUCCUCAAGCUACGAGGGAUAAUAUCUGCCAGUUUAAUCUUAAUCGGCGAAAUGUGCAGCGAGGUGAUGUUCAUCCUGUCGAACAUAGACCCCUUGCUAUGAUCACCAAAUAUCCUCCCGUGGUCGAGAAGCCUACUGUAUGGAACGAAACCAACAGAAACAAGACCGAACGAAAAGAAAGUCAGUCAAAGAAGCAGAAGACUGCGCAAUCUGAGCCUGAGCCUCCUACAGUCCAUUCCCAACCUCCAACAACGGAUUUCGAGAGUGUCAUUUGGCCUGAAAUGCAGGAGAAGGUCAGGUCCCUCAUCGAAGUAAAAGUUUCGGAACAUAUGGAAGCUAUGUUGCAGGAAAGAAAGACUGAAUUGGAGUCUUUGACUCGCCCUCCACUGCUUAAGGCGGACAGUUCGCCAGAGGUUUACCUCGCUUACGUUCAAUUCCUUCAGCACAGAAUAAAGUCUACGGCCAAGAACACGCCAAUGAUGCGAAAAACUGAAGCUGUUAUGUCGUUGGCGAUGGACUUGGAGCCAGGAAUAGAGAAAUGCCUUCGCGAGCAUCUAGUUCAAAUCACCGCCGAGGAGAACACUCAAGUGGAAAGCCAAGACUUGGCCAUGACUGAGCGAGAGUGUGUCGAGGAAGAAGAACUGGAGAUAGACGACGAAGAUAUUGUCACAAUUCCGGACGAAAACGAUUCCGACUAUCAGGACGAUCCGGAUGAUGUCGAUGAGGAAGACGAAAUCUUGCCUUCCAUCGAGUGUCUUACCCCAGUUACGACACCCACAACCGUGAACCAACUGAAAAGAUACGAGAAACGAUAUAAGGAGUAUUGCCGGUCUGCCGCAUCGGAGAGAGAAGUGCAUAGUCGUGUGUUCAGUCCUUUGGAUGGGUAUACAAAUAUACCAAAUGAUGACUCUGAUGAACCUCGACAAGCUUGUGGUCUCCCUGAAACACCAAGCAAGCUAAACGAACUAGAAGAGACUCCGGACGGAAAAUGGGAACUAGGGAAGAUUUCCAACGACAAGAAGAGAUCAUUCAAGAUGACGCCGACACCAACCAAAGCAGUCAGCAAGAGACGCUGCACAGUCAAACACUCGCCUGGAUUUACAAGCCCGGUGUCGUCCAUGUCUUCGUACUUUCCAUCACUACAGGAGAUGUUCAGCUCAAGUCUGGGACGACAGUCAUCUCCGGCAACACAACCGAGUCCCUCCAGAAGACAGCCUUCUCUGGCUCAUAGUCCAACUCCUAGCCCAGCAGUGAGAAGAUCUGUGGGAACAGAAGACACCUCUGGCAGUACUGGUGCUACCCAUAAGCCUCCUCCAGUACCGCUGUUUGGAGAGUCGCCCGGUCUGUUCGUGACUCCUGAUCCAACUUCUAACACUAGCCCCUUUACCUUCAAGCAAAGCGCGUCUAGUAGCACACGGAAGGUUGAACGGACACAGCGCGAGGGUACAUUAACCACUCGCUUCCGAGAGACGGCGGCAGAUUUUGAGGCCAUGGAUACAUCUGAGAAGCUCCUGUUGCUGUUUAAAAUGUCCAGAGGAAAGGAGAAAUAG